CUCUACAUCCUCUCGUCGCUCGUCCUCCCGCUCCUCGCCGCCCGCGAGGGCGACCUCGCGCGCGCCGUCCGCCGCUGCGAGGACCUGCCUGCGCUCGUUGGGUGGAUCGCGAGGAGGGCGUGGCGCCGUGGCGGGAGCGGGAGAGCGCUGCUUGGGUUCGAGGGGGCCGGCAAGGGAGGAGGAGGAGGAGGAGGAGCGGGCGGCAAGGGCGCCGCACCGGCACCGGCGCCCGCGCGCGAGGACGGCCUCGCACUCGGGCGCAGCACGACCCAGCCACCGGCGGGCACGCGCCGCAAGGACGUGCUCGGCCUCGAGGCGGCCGGCGAAGGAGGCGGCGGCGGUGGGACCGCGACGGGCACGGCAACGGGCGUCAACACGCCGGCGCUCGUUGGACGCGCGUCGUGGAGGGCCGACGAGGACCAGGGACCGUUCAGCGGCGCGGUCGAAGGGGCGGGGUCGUUGGUAGGGACGCCGACUGGCGCUGCUGGGGCGGGAGGGCUGGGAGGGCUCGCGGGCGCGGGCGCGAGCGCGAGUGCGAGUGCGGCGGCGCAGGGUGGGGCGGCGGGCGCAGGCGCAGGAGCGGGCGCACAGGGCGGCGACGGGUCCGGAGCUGGGGCGGCGAGGAAGAGCGUCGCGGCGGCGAGGGCGGGCAAGGGCGGGUGCAAGGUGGUCGUGUGGCGCGCGAGCGACGGGUUCUGUGGCCGUGGCAACACGGUGAGCGGCUUUGUCGAGAUCAACCGGGCGGCUCUGCGCCUCCUCCCCCCUGCGCCAGCGCCGACGGGCACCCCCUCGGGCGUGUUCAUCUCGCCCGACUCGCACCUGCACGCGUCGGUGUACGCCCAGCUCGGCGAAAAAGUCGGCAUCAAGCGGUGCAUCGUCGGGAGGGGGACCGUCAUCGGGAAAGGGAGCAAGCUCACCAACUGCGUCCUCAUGGAGAAUGUCGUCGUUGGGGACAACGUCAAGCUCGACGGGUGCGUCAUCUCGAACGGCGUCCAGGUGCGCGACCGGGCGCAGCUCAAGGACUGCGAGAUUGGGCGCGACGUGAUUGUCGACUUUGACACUCAGACCAAGGGCGAGCAGCUCGUCGUCGAGGUCGACUGAGCGAGGAGCGAAGGGCCUGGGCGCGCGGCGGCGAGAGCGGUCCAAGAGCGGGCGUCGCAACUUGCAGAGCCUGUGGGCGUUUCUCUCGUG